AUGGCUAGUUUAGAAGAACUAAUAGAGGAAUAUAUAUGUCCUGAAAAAGUCAUGUUUACUUAUGGGAAAGAGAAAAAGAUUGAAUUAAUUUAUGAAAAGAAUAAAGAUAAGGAAGAAAAUAAAAUAAGAGAUAAUAUAUUGGAAAAAUUAUUAUUCUUGAUAGAAAAUGAAGAUUAUGAAGACUAUGAAGAAAAUGAAAAAGGCCAUAGAGAAGAGACAUAUAAAGAAUAUGAAAAAAAGUCACAUAGUACAUAUGUAAAUAAUGUUAGAUCUUCAAAUCAUGUUCUUUCAAAGGAUAUAUUUGAUAUGUGUCCAUAUAAAAUAAAGAAGUGGCCUAAUAAUAAUUUAAUAAAAAUAAUUACGAUUUUGAAAAAGUACUAUUUUUGUAGUGAAAAUAUGAAGAGAGGUUCAUCCAUAAAUUUGGUUACACAACUAUUGGAGAGAAUAGACAUCUGUGAUAUGCCACUUGAUUAUUUUGAAAGCAUCAUUUAUUUUUUUAUUAAGAAAAUAGAAGAUUGGCAUUGUAUUAAUGGGGUAGUAAAUUUUUUCUUUCUGAUGUUUGAAAAAUAUGAACAUGUUUUGAAAAGAAUUUAUUAUGAUAAUGAAAUAACUGAGUUGUAUAAAAAUUUGUUCAUUUAUAAAAAUAAGGAAAAAAGAACUAAAAAUAAAAAUAAAAAUGAAAAUGAAAAUGAAUUAUAUAUACAUAAUGAUGUAACAAUAGGCGAUAAUAAUAAUAAUAAUAAUAAUGAUGGUAAUAAUAAUAAUAAUAAUAAUGAUGGUAAUAAUAAUAAUAAUAAUAAUCAUUAUGUUGGUGAUUUGAGAACGAUGAAUUGCUUUAAUGACGAAGAAGAGAACGACAAAAUUGAUGCCCUCAUGGAAAAAGAUAUUUUAUAUGAAAAAUGUGGAGUUAAUGUAAAUUGUUGUGGUUCGGAUGGUAAUUAUGAAGAUGGUAAUUAUGAAGAUGGUAAUUAUGAAGAUGGUAAUUAUGAAGAUGGUAAUUAUGAAGAUGGUAAUUAUGAAGAUGAUAAAUGUUUAAGUUCAUUUGAUGAAUAUGAAAGUGAUUAUGAUAAUAAUUUUUAUGCUGAACCUUCAGAUUAUAAUUCUUCUGAUGAAGAAGAUUACAUACAGGUAAGAAGAAUAAAUAAAGAACAAGAUGAAGGAGAAGGAUUAUGUAUUGUAUAUAAUAUUUUGAAAAAAUUAUUUAAACAUAUUCAUGCUCCAAGUUAUUUACAAGGAAUACGAUUAAAUUAUUAUAAAAUAAUUUUAAUAUCCUUAGAAAAAUUUCGCAAUGAAAUCAUUACAGUUCCUAAUUUUAUUAACAAGAUUCAAGUACAAUUAGAAAACGAAUCAGAUCCUCGAAAUAUCUUAAUUUUAUUUGAUAUAAUUUAUCUUUUGUGUAAUGCUUAUAUAUCUCCUUUAGAAACGAGUGAAGAUUUUAUAAGUAUAAAUGAAUACCAUUUAUAUGAACAAAGGGAUGAUGAAAUUAUAAAAGUGGUUAAAAGUAAUGAUGACGAUGGGGAUGUACCCAAAAGUAAUAAUAAUAAUAAUAAUAAUGAUGAUAAUAAUGAUGAUGAUGAGGAUGUACUCAAAAGUAAUAAUAAUAAUAAUAAUAAUAAUAAUAAUGAUAAUAAUAAUGAUCAUCAUAAUAAUAUUCAUAAUGAUGUUGCUAAAAAUCAUAAUAAUGAUGAGAAAAGGAAAAAAGAAUAUAUAAAUGAUGAGUCCUUAUUUACUUAUGACAAAGAAACUAAUUAUUUAAAAUCCCUUAUCGAUAUAUCAUUUUAUUAUUUCCCUAUAGAAUUUAUUAAUAAUGAUGGUAGGUAUGAUAGUAUUACAGAAGAAAAUUUAGAAGAGUCUUUUUUUAGAUGCCUUUUAUCAAAUAAGAGAUUAGGGGCAUAUGUUAUAAUGAAUAUAUUAGAUCAAUUUUAUAAUUCUGAGAAUGAUGAAAUAAGCGAGAAAAAUUUGAAAAGUAUCUUGAGAGCUUUAGAAUUAUGUGUACCAUAUUAUGGUUGUGAGUGUGCAUCUAAAUUUAUAACAACCGUUGUAGGUUUGAUAGAUUUAGAAUGUGUAGAAAAUAAUUCAACCGAUAAAAUGGUUAGCUAUUUUAUUGAUAUACUUUUAGUAUUUAUUAAUAUAUUAAAUAAAGAACCUAUAUCGACUAAAUAUAAUAUAUUUAAUAAAUAUUUAUCUAGUAUGUUUAAAAAAAUUCAAAAAUAUGUAAUAUUACAUAAGAGUACGUAUGAAAAUAGGACCUAUAAUAUAAAUGAGAUUGUUGAAAUUUUAAAGGGAAAUAAGGAAAUACAUAAAAAUGGUGAUAAUAAUAAAAAAUAUAUAUAUGAUGAUAAUCAUAAAAAAUAUAUAUAUGAUGAUAAUAAUAAAAAAUAUAUAUAUGAUGAUAAUCAUAAAAAAUAUAUAUAUGAUGAUAAUCAUAAAAAAUAUAUAUAUGAUGAAUCCAAAAUGGUUGUAGAUAUGAAGGAGGAUACAUAUAGAAUUAUUAAUUCAUAUGACUACUCGUCUCAUAAUUCUUCAGAUAAUGAGGACAAUAAUAAUAAUUAUUUUAUAAAUACCAAUGAACAUAAUAAAAAUAAUAUGUAUGGAAGUGAUGAAAGUGAUAAAAACAUUUUUACUAUAAUAAAAGAGAAAAAUGAAAUUGAAAAAAUAAAAGAAAAGAAACAGAAAGAAAAAAAGAAAAAUAGAAUAAAAUUAGAUAAAUUCCCUGUUUUACAAAAAAUAUUAAUAUCUAUAUCAAAAGAAAAUAAUUAUAUAUUUCUGUAUAUACUUUAUACAAUAGUAAAACCAAUAUUAAAAGAAUGUUAUUAUUUAAUAUGUUUUUUAACUAGCCAAAAUGAAGUUAUGAAAAAAUACAUGAAGAAAAUAAAUGAUAACAAUAAAAACGAUAAUAAUAAAAACAAUAAAAAUGGUAAUAAUAAAAACAAUAAAAACGGUAAUAAUAAAAAAAGUAACAAUAAUAAUAAUAAUCUAUGCAGUAAUGAGGAUAAAAAAUUCUUUACGCGUAAUGAAAAAGAAGAAGAAGAAUCGAAAUAUAAUAUAAGAAUAAAAAAAUUAUUUAAUAUUUUAACAAGCUAUAUAAAUUUUGUAAACAAUAUUUUAGAAAAUAGUGUUGAAACAUAUAAAGUCAUAAAAUAUAAUAUAUAUUUUUUAAACGAAAUAUAUAUAGUAAGAGAAAUAAUAAGAAUAGGUGGAGACCUUUUUGUUAAUAAAUAUCAUGAAUGUGGACUAGAACUUUUUAAUAUUCUUAUAAAUUUAAUAUGUAUUCAUAAUAAUGAUAAUGUUUUACAAAAGGAACUAAAUUUUGAUGAUGAUAAUUUAUCUAUAUAUUUAAUUAAUACAAUCAUUUCGUUUUUUUCUAUUGUAGGUUUUAAUAAUGAAUUAAUCCAAAUAUCUGAGUAUAAAAAAAAAGAGGUAUAUCUUUAUUACAAAUGUUAUAAUAAAUUAUAUAAUCUUAAGAUAGAUAACAAUUCUUUUAAUUAUACAGAUUUAUGGAGAGAACAUAUUUUACAAAACUCUUUUAAUUUUAUGGAAGAUAUAAGAAAAAAUAAUGAAGAAAAUGUACUAAAUCAAAAUUGUGAAUUUAAUAAAAAUACCUUAUUAUUUUUUCUUAGUUUAAUAAACAAAAUAAUAAAAUAUAAAUAUAUGCACAUUAAAAAUUAUUUAAAUACUAUGUUGAUAAAUAUGUCUUUAUUUAUAUUAAAGAUAUAUGUAUGUAAGGAGGAACAUAUGGAUAGUUAUAUUGAGUUGUUAAAAAAAUUAUGUCCAAUGGAUAAUAUAACAUAUAUUAUAUUUGUUAUUACGAAUAUAUCAUCUUUUAUUUUACAUUAUUUUUAUAAGGAUGUGCAAAGGUUUAAGGAGGAUUAUAUAUGUAUAAGAAGUGGUGAUAAUAUAUGUGGUGAUAAAAUAUGUGGCGAUAAUAUAUGGGGUGACAAUAUAUGUGAUGAUAAUAUAUGUGGUGAUAAUAUAUGUGGUGAUAAUAUAUGUGGUGACAAUAUAUGUGAUGAUAAUAUAUGUGGUGAUAAUAUAUGUGGUGAUAAUAUAUGUGGUGAUAAUAUAUGUGGUGAUAAUAUAUGUGGUGAUAAUAUAUGUGGUGAUAAUAUAUGUGGUGAUAAUAUAUGUGGUGAUAAUAUAUGUGGUGAUAAUAUAUGUGGUGAUAAUAUAUGUGGUGAUAAUAUAUGUGGUGAUAAUAUAUGUGGUGAUAAUAUAUGUGGUGAUAAUAUAUGUGGUGAUAAAAUAUGUGGUGAUAAUAUAUGUGGUGAUAAUAUAUGUGGUGAUGAUAAAAAUAAAUCUUUAAAUAAUAUAAAUAUGAUAGAAAAAGAUAAAGAGACAUACAGUGACUUAUUUCAAUACAUAUACUACAAACAGAAUUGUAAUUACUGUUUAGAUAAAAACAUGUUAAAGGUAGGAUAUAGUUUAAAGUUUCCAAAUUUGUUAUUUGAAAAAAGUAAAAAUGUAGAAGAUGUAGCAUGUAGAAAAGAAGAGGAUUACGAAAAGGAUAUUAAAAAACCUGAUUUUGAAGAAAUAAAGGAUAAUAAUAUUUGUGUUUCGGGAAAUGUACAAAAUGUACAAGAGGAAGACAAUAAUAUUAUUAAAAUUAUAGUUAAUUUAGAUAUGGAUAAUGAUGAGAUUGUUAAUUAUCAUUUUAAUUUUCUUUUAAGUUUAACGUAUUUACAUUUAUAUUAUAGAUAUGUUAAUGUUACCAAUAUAUUAUUUUUAGAAGAUUAUAAUAAAGAUAAGACAAUAUUAUCUCUUGAGAAUAUUCAAAAUGAAAAUGGAUGUAAGAAUAAAAAAGAAAUGUUAUAUGGAAUAUUUAUUUCUAUAAAUAUUAUGGAGAUUAUGGACUUGUGUAUAAAAUAUAUGUAUGAAGAAAGUGUGCUUAACAAAUUUUUAUGUUUAAAAGAAAUGGAGGAUGAGAAAAAUAAAAUGAGAAAAAAUAAAAGGAACAAUGUAAUGGUUGAAAAGGAUUAUAUGAAAAUAAUUGAUGAUGAUAAAGAGAAUAUAUUUUAUUACAGAAAUUAUUUGAACAAGAUAAAAGAAUUUAUACAUAUAAAUCAUAUAAAUGAUUUAGAGAUUACUGAUUUUGAUGAUAUUGGAGGAAUCAUAUCAGGGGAUAAGUACAUUCCAGAAAAUGAUGGAAAUAAUGAUAAGGAUAAAAAUUUGAAUAUGAUAAAUAAUAAUUUAUUUAAUUAUGAUGUUUUGAGCUUUAAAAAAAAAAAAUUUACGAAUUUUAAUUUGAUAAUUAAUACAAAAGAGUUGUUAUAUAUGUUAAGGAUAAUAUUAAGUAUAAAUAUUGUUUAUAAUAAGAUAAAGAAUGAAUGUAAUAUUACCAAAAAUAAUAGACAAGAAAAAUUAUUAUUUUCAUUUUGUAAAUAUAUAUAUUAUAAAUGGAAAGGAAUUAUGAAUUAUCUUUUUAUGUAUUUUGAUAAAAUAAAAAAUAGGAAAAUAUUUUUGGAAAAUUUAAUUGAUCAUUGUUUAAAUAAAGUAGAUGAAUGUAUAAUAAAUUUGGAUCCUGUUAAGGGUGAUAUAUAUUGUGAUACAUUUAAAAAUAUGUAUAAUUUGGAACAUAAUCAUUUUCAUCAUAAUCUUUAUAAUAGUAAUAAUAUUAUGAUUCACAAAAAGUAUGGGAACCAUCCUAUAUAUUUAUAUAAAUCCUUGAACGUUUUACUAAUAUUUUUUAUUCCUACAAUGUUAGGUAUAGAUAAUAAUAUAAGUGAACGACAUAUAUAUGACUUGUUACAUUUGUGUAUGUACAUAUAUAUGUUAUAUAUGUAUAAUGUGACCACAAGUUUUAAGGGAAUAAGGGGUCCUUCAAUGUUGAAAGAACAGGUAAAGGAACAAAAAGAAAAGACAGGAGUUGAACGGAGUAACGAGGGUGUUGAGGAGGAUGAUUGUGGCGAUGUGUACGUUACUCAUGGUGAUGAAGAUAAUGAUGGUGAUGAAGAUGAAGAUAAUGAUGGUGAUGAAGAUGAAGAUAAUGAUGAUAAUGAUGGUGAUGAAGAUGAAGAUAAUGAUGAUAAUGAUGGUGAUGAAGAUAAUGGUGGUGAUGAAGAUAAUGAUGGUAAUGAUGAUGAUGGUAAUGAUGAUGAUGAUGAUAAUGAUGAUAAUAAUGAUGAUAAUAAUAAUGAUAAUAAUGAUGAUAAUAAUGAUGAUAAUAAUAAUGAUAAUAAUGAUGAUAACAAUAAUGAUAAUAAUAAUGAUGAUGAUUUUUAUUAUAGUGAUUGUGACUCCUAUGAUGAUUAUACCAAACGUGAACGUACAUUUAUUUUUAAAAAAUCUUUCUUUUUUAAAAAAAAAAAAAAUAAAAUAAAUAAUAAUAUUAUUAUGAAUAAUGAUGUGUUAAAAAGUUAUGAUUCCUUUCUAAAUUUUUUGAAUGAGAAAAAUAGAACGAUGCUUUAUUGUGUAGAAAAAAAUGAUAUUAUUCAUAAAAUAAAUUAUGAUGUUAUAAGAAAUGCUUUACAAUUUAUUGAUUUAGAUUUAUACGAAAAUAUAUAUCAUUGUGCUUUACAAGUACUUUCUAUAAUAAUAUAUAAUAAAUUAUAUAAAACGGAAGAACUUAAUUAUGUAUAUAUCCAUAUGAAUAUAAUAAAAUAUUGUACAUUAAAAUUAAAGGAUAGUAUAAUAUUUAAGAUUGUCAUUGAUCAUUUUACAAAUAUAUAUCAAGCACUUGUAAAUAAUAAUUUAAAAAAAAAUAAAUAUGAAGAAAACAAAAACAAUAAUAAUAUAAAUAAAAUAAAUAAAAUAAAUAUCUUUUUACCAAUAGAUUCAUUUUUAAAAUUUAUUAGUAACACUUUUAAUUUUACAUUUUAUGAGGAUGAAAAAAUUCAAAGAAAAAUUAUGAACAGGUGUGAUUAUGAUAUUAUGAAUAUACAUGUGCAGGCCCUUUUUUUCCUUUUCGAUAAUUUAUAUUGUAAGAAAGAAAUAAUUCAUGAUAAAACAAAAUAUGAUUUAUAUUUAACACAUGAUUAUUACAGUGAUAAGAUUGAUUAUAAAAAAAAUUGUUAUACUAUAAAUGUUCAUAUAUUAGAUAAUAUAUAUACAAAUAAAAUCAUUGAUGAAAAAACUGAAGAUUGUAAUAAGAAAAUAAAUUUUAGUUGGAAAUAUUUAAAAAAAAUAAAUAUUAAUGUAUAUAAUUCUGUUAUAAUUAAAUUAAUAAAUAUACAAUCAUUAUUUCAAAUACAUAAAGACAAGUCUUCUAGCUCUACCCAUGAAGAGACGAGCGAUUUUUAUUUUAUGUGUCAUUUUUUUAUUUCCAUAUUUCAGAUGUUUUCUUUAUUUUAUGAUUUAGGUUUAUAUCAUAUGCACAAACAGGAGGAAAAGUUAAAAAAAGAAAAGAAAAGUAGACACCAUGAUAUGUCAAAUGAUAUAUAUGACGAAGAAAAUAUCGAAAAUAUAUACAGAAAUAUGAAUAAUAAACGAGAUAAGCAUGUAUUAAUUAUAUUUUAUUAUACCUAUACAUCACAUAUAUACAAUACCUUAUUUCCAAACGUAUAUAAUAUAGAUACCAAUACAUUAUUUUGUAAUAAUAAUUUUAAUAGUAUAUAUUUUCGACAACACGAUGAUUUUAUGAAUACUUACAAAAACUUUUUAGUUCUUUUUCUUUAUCAUAUGUAUAAUUAUUUAUACUUUAUCGACAUUACAAAUAAAUUUAUAACAAUAACUCAGUAUUUUUUCUUAAUUAAUAAAUUUAAUAUUUCUUUUGAGAGUUCUUUAUCGUAUGAUUUAAUUCGAAAUAAAAAGGAGGUCGUUGAAUUUGUUGAAAAAAAUGUAGAUAAUCUGUGUGGUGGUUAUAAUAAAAAGGACAAGGAUAAUGAUGCAAAAUGUGGUGACAAAUAUGGUGACAAAUAUGGUGACAAAUAUGGUGACAAAUAUGGUGACAAAUAUGGUGACAAAUAUGGUGACAAAUAUGAUGACAAAUAUGAUAACAAAUAUGAUGAUAAAUAUAAUAUAAUAAUAAAAAAAAAAGAACUCGUUAUUUCAAGCAACGAACACAAUGUAGAUACUUAUAAAAAUAAUAAAAUAAAUUCUAUAUAUGAUUUAAACAAAAUAAAAGAUAAUUCUCCUAUAAUAUAUAAUGUAAAAUAUAAAAGAAAACAAGAAAAAACUAAAAUUAAUUGUAAAUAUCUUACUUUAAUUAACUUGAAAUUAAUACUGUUAUCAUAUAUGUCCAUCCAAGAAAUUGUCGAUAAGAAUUAUUAUUCCAUCUUAGAAAUAUGUAUAUUAAAAGGAAUUAAUAAAGUUGCUAAUUUUUUUAUUAAUAAGAAAGAAUAUUUGAGAAAUAAUAGAAAGUAUAUUACACAAGUUUUAAGAUAUAACAAUGAUAUGGUGAAGGAUAUAUUUACACGUGACUACAAAAAAAAAAAUAGAAAAAGAAAAGGAAAAAAAGAAAAAACAAAAAUAGAAAGAAAUAUAAAAAAUGAAUUAUUAUAUGAAGAAAAUUUAGAAAAUGAAGAAAAUGAAUCCAUAAUUCAAAAUAUAAUAUAUGAUCAAAUCUUACCAUCAUAUAGUGAAUAUAAAAAAUUAAUAAUAAGGAAAAUUAUUUCUAUGAACUUUAUUUUGUGUUUACGAUUAUUAUAUUUAAUUAUUAAUACUCUAAAUUAUUUUUUAAAAUAUGAGAAUAAAAUAUAUCAUAAGGAACAAAAUGAAGAAAAUAUAAAAAUCUUAAAAAAAAAUAUUUAUUUCUUAUUAUCUUAUAAAAGCAUAAUUAUGAAAAAUGUUAUGAAAAUGCUUGUUUCUGUACCUCUAGGUUUAAUAAGAUAUCUAUGUGUGUGUGUCUUAUAUAUUAUAUCUUUUUUUAAUUACCAUUCAUUUCUUUCUUACGAAACGAUUCAAGAUAUUAAUUGGUAUUUAUCCAUAGCUUCAAACGAUCCUCAUAAAAAAGUCAGAAAAAUGGUAGUCUUGUGUAGAACAAGGUGGAUGUAA